CACCUCACGCAACACAUGAUAAUCCACACUGGAGAGACACCAUUCGUCUGCUCCAUCUGUGGGAGAGGUUUUACACAUAACGGAAACCUCAACAAACACAUGAGAAUCCACACUGGAGAGAAACUGUUCAACUGCUCCCUCUGUGGUACAGGGUUUGCACAGAAAGUACACCUCAGCAGACACAUGAAAAUCCACACUGGAGAGAAACCAUUCGUUUGCUCCCUCUGUGGCACAGGGUUUGCACAGAAAGUACACCUCAAGAGACACAUGAGAAUCCACACUGGAGAGAAACCAUUCGAUUGCUUUGUCUGUGGGAGAGGUUUUACACAUAAAGGAAACCUCAGCAAACACAUGAGAAUCCACACUGGAGAGAAACCAUUUGUCUGCUCCGUCUGUGGUAAAGGGUUUGCUGAGAAAGGAACCCUCAAGACACACAUGAGAAUCCACACUGGAGAGAAGCCAUUCGUCUGCUCCGUCUGUGGGAGAGGUUUUAUAGAUAAAGGAAACCUCAAGCAACACAUGAGAAUCCACACUGGAGAGACACCAUUUGUCUGCUCCCUCUGUGGUAAAGGGUUUGCAAAGAAAGGAACCCUCAAUAUACACAUUAGAACCCACACUGGAGAGAACCUGUAG